AUGCGAUCGGAGAGUUGACUAUAGGCUUUUCCUGAGAACUCAUUUCGGUAAUAGUGGCUGUAUCAAACAAAACCUGUUUGGCUGUAAGUUAACAUUAAGCGUUCUGUUUUGUUGGAACAUCAAAUUCAUAUGCAUAGAUAUCAGGAUUUUAGAGGAAUGUCCAUGUUGUAACAAAGCGAAGCAGACUUUCCUCUGCGGUUUGGCUCGAGCUCCAGCAUGUCUAAGCGGCGCUCUGCGGAGAGGGGGCCUGGAGAGACCUCAGGAAGGGCCAGCAAGCUCCUGUGUCCUGGGAUAUCUGGCAGCAACGCUAAGAGAGCCGGGCCGUUUGUCCUCGGGCCUCGUCUGGGAAACUCACCCGUGCCCAGCAUAGUGCAAUGUCUGGCCAGGAAAGACAGUACAGAUGACUUCUACCAGCUAAAGAUCCUAACGCUGGAGGAGAGGGCUGGGGACGCAGCAGGGGAGACCCAGGAGGAGAGGCAGGGAAAGAUGCUGCUGCACACAGAGUACUCUCUUCUCUCCCUGCUCCACAACCAGGAUGGGGUGGUGCACCAUCACGGCCUGUUCCAGGACCGGGCGUACGAGAUCGUGGAGGAUCUGGAGUCUAACAAGGUGCGAAAGAUGAAGAAGCGGAUCUGCCUGGUGCUGGACUGCCUGUGCGCCCACGACUUCAGCGACAAAACAGCCGACCUCAUCAACCUGCAGCAUUACGUCAUCAAGGAGAAAAGACUGAGCGAGCGCGAGGCCAUCGUCAUCUUCUAUGACGUGGUCCGAGUCGUGGAAGCCCUGCACAAGAAAAACAUUGUGCACAGAGAUCUGAAGCUGGGCAACAUGGUGCUGAAUAAACGGACUCACCGCAUUACCAUCACCAACUUCUGCCUGGGAAAGCACCUGGUGAGUGAGGAUGACCUUCUGAAGGACCAGAGAGGAAGUCCUGCCUACAUCAGCCCAGACGUACUGAGCGGUCGGCCAUACCGCGGUAAACCCAGCGACAUGUGGGCACUGGGAGUCGUGCUGUUCACCAUGCUGUACGGCCAGUUCCCCUUCUAUGACAGCAUACCUCAGGAGCUCUUCCGCAAAAUCAAGGCUGCGGAGUACUCAGUCCCAGAGGACGGCCGUGUGUCUGAGAGCACAGUGUGUUUGAUUCGUAAGCUGUUGGUGCUGGAUCCCCAGCAGAGGCUCACCGCAGGGGAGGUGCUAGAGUCCCUCAGCAGCAUCAUUGCUUCCUGGCAGUCUGUGUCAUCUUUGAGCGGUCCUCUCCAAGUGGUACCAGAUAUUGAUGAUCAGGUCAACCACCCAGAGCAUCUACAGGAGGUGAAAGUCACAGAGGAGUCCUCCCAGUACGAGUUUGAGAACUACAUGCGUCAGCAGCUGAUGCUGGCGGAGGAGAAAAACACUAUUCACGAAGCCAAGAGCUUCCUAAGCAAGCGGCAGUUUGGCGGCGGCAUCCCCCCCGUACGCCGCCUGGGUCACGACGCCCAGCCCGUCAGCCCCCUGGAUGCUGCCCUCCUGGCACAGCGUUUUCUCCGAAAGUAGACACCCCAGCCCACCCUUUGGUCGUCGUCCCCCCCCCCCCCGCUUGGAGUGGAGGAUUCCAUGGGAGCCCGGAGGAGGACAUCCACAAAGCUAACCACACUUGUGGGGCCUGGCCUAGACCCACCUUGGGUAGAACAAGCCCUAGGUUGAGAUUGCAACAAAAGACAUGGGGGUGGCAUAACUUGCAGUUCUUGUUGCUCUCAUCUAGGGUUCCAGGACGCACAGUCUUACAUGGGUCUCCACAAAACACCCUUCAAAGAGCAUGGAUGAAUAGUGAACCAUUAACCGUAAUCCUGUUCUACUGAGACUUCGGUAUACACCCCCACCUGACUUCACUCCAAUCCCCAACCAUUCUGGUCCACCCAAGCAAUACUGGGCCAGACCUCAUGUAGCAGCCUUCCUCCCACCACGGUCCACCUGGUAACAUUGACUCUACUCAGAGAUCCCCUGAUCGUGGACACUCCUCCACAGGUCUGCCCUGUUCACCCCUCUUCAGUCUCCUUGUAACCAAAACGACCACGACUGAUCCCGUCUGUAACUACAUCUUCUUCAAGUCUACCUCUCUCCAUCUCUUUCUUUUUUUUUUUUCUUUACCAAGGUCCAUGUUUUUAGAGGACAACAAGAUGAGUUACCGGGGUAGUGUGAUGCCAUUGUAGACAAAAAGCACUACUAUGCAUCAGUGGGUUGGCCUCAUCGCAUGAAUAAGCUUUUUUCUUUCUAUUAAUGAAUAAUAAGUAGCAUUUUAUGCUUUUUUUAUCCAUGUUGAAUAUGCUAGCAAAAGUUUGUCUAUCAGCUACCUUUGAUAUUUGUACCUUGCAUUUCUCCUUGCUUUGCUUUCCCUAAGGAAAUACUCUCUAGCAUUUAGGCAGCUAGCGUGAGACCAUCACAAAAGUCAUAAUAUACAUUAUGUUACUUCAAACAGUCCUUAGCCAUUUGGCCAAAAAACAAACAAAGAAACAAGCAUUACAAAAUUCUUCCCUUCAGGCAGAUCAAAGGACUUCUAGGUAUUACACCUCCUCAUUACUCCUCAGAUCAGUGUGGGACAAGUGUAUUUGAUAGGCUUCUAUUCUGUAGAUGCAUGCCAAGCCUUGCCAGGUCAGACACUUAAGCUAUCCUACAGCCUUGUUAUCUAGCUUGCCUCGCUGGUAGACACUGUGAAAACAAGGGCAGGCAUCUAUAAGAGAAAGAGAUGGACUGAACCAAAUGUCAUUGCUAUGUGAGAUGGUCAUCCCUCAUGUUCACUGGUCAUUGGAGUCCUUGUGAGCAUCAGUCUCCAAUUACAUUUAGCUUUACUUAUAAUUCUAUCAAAUGUAUUAUUUUACCAUUAUAGAAGAGUUGUAUGAUGAUGAUUGGUGGUAACUGAAAAAAAGUAUGUAAUAUUUAUUCAGGAAAGCAUAAUGCAGUCUGAAUGGGUAGUUGGUUAGGUCUUGGGUAUAAGUGCAUUUACAUCUAUACCAAAAUAAUUCCUCACCUAAAUACACUAAAGCCUGCCCUUGCUUAUGGCAAUCUGCAAUACUCAUGCUUAUAUCUCCAUCUAGUAAUAUCAAAUCAGAUUACAUCACUAGAGGAUUUGAACCAUUUCUGUUCCUUGUUGUAAAUUGUAUUUUCCUUCUCAAUUUCAUAUCUUGAUUAUUUAUUCACUUGUUUAGAAAUUUACUUUUCAGACAUCUGUAUCUGUGCUAUCAUAGCUUUAACAAGAAGUGUUGAGUUCCAAUAGUUUUGUUUUUUUUAAACUUUGCAACUUCAGCCAUCACUGUUUCUUCCCUUUCAGAAGUCUUGAUGUCUGUAUUGUUUCCUGUUUUGCCAUUUCCACAAACUUGUGGUUGAUUAAGCUACACUAAUAAGGAGACUGACUCUGCAUAGUUCUAUUUUUUACAAAAGACAAGCGUAGCAUAUUAUGAUUUAAAGUCUGCAUUAUAACACUGACCCAUAACAGCCUCCUCUCUGGUCAGUAUGUAAAUAAGCACCAUCAUGACUGCUGUGGGCAUACAGUUGUGCCCGAACCAGUGAUCUGCCCCCUGGUGGUCACCCCAAUACCUAGUGGUCAACACAGAGUAAAGACAGACAUGCGUAAGAAAGUUGAUAGCGUUUGGAAGAAAAUCUUAGAGAAAUUGUUAGCUUUUUCCCACUGCAAUGUGAAUUUGGGGUAAAAAAGCGGUAUUGUAGUUGGUAGUGUAAGCUGUUCAUCUGAAAAGGUUUUUGUGAAAACUAUGGUCUUCACUGAUGUCAUA